GUGGGAAGUUUCGGUUCUUCAGCGCAAGUGUCUCGUCUAGCCUCGCCUCCUCUUUGCAUGCGCUUUGUUUGGGCGGCGCACUUCAUGAAAGCAGACAUCGUGAAUUCCACCAUUUUUUCUGACGAUUCUUGUUUCUACGUAUUUAUAGAAGCGAGCCUUUUUUGCUGAGCACUAAUGUCGGUGGGACUGGAGUCUGGGUUUUCUAGCGAGGAGGUGCUGAAUGUCCGCUUCCCUCUUCACCGCGCAUGCAGAGAUGGAGACGUGGACGCGCUGUGCUCGCUCCUUCAGUGCAGCGCAGAUCAGCUGGCCGUGGAGGACUCUUUCUACGGGUGGACUCCUCUACACUGGGCUGCACACUUCGGCAAGCUGGAGUGUGUCAUGCGUCUGGUGCAGGUGGGAUGUGGUGUGAACUCUGUGACCUCUCGGUUUGCCCAGACACCAGCUCAUAUUGCUGCCUUCGGGGGUCAUCCUCAAUGCUUGCUCUGGCUGCUGCAGGCCGGAGCUGAUAUAAACCGACAGGACUAUGUUGGAGAACCCCCCCUCCACAAAGCGGCCCGUGCCGGCAGCAUUGACUGCAUUAACACGCUCCUGGUCCAGGGAGCCAAAGCAGACAUGAGGAACUCUAGUGGACUGACCGCCGCUGACCUAGCUCUCACCCAGGGCUUUGAAGAGUGUGCCCAACUGCUUUCCAAUGCCCAGAACCAGCAGCUCAAUCAGCUUAAUGUGUUCUCAAACAAUGGCUCUGUGUGUUUUGGGGACCGCAAGCUUAUCCAAGAGCGGAGCAUCCUUAAUGGGGUUCCCAGCCGAAAAAGGUCUCUUGAUUGCAUGGAGUCUAAUCUUAUUAAAAAGGCCAGAAAAGAUGAUCUCGGCUAUCAGCCGAUGAAUGGAGUAAACGGAUCCAGCGGAGAAGACCAGAUGGAGAACAUGCACAUGGAGUUUGGACAAGCACUGAGUACCCCAGGUGGGAACCGACCCUUAAAUGGAUCCCUGACUCUGGGUUCCAAUGGCUACAUCAGUCCAGAGCAGGACCUGGCUGUCCGAAUGGAGAGCUCGUCCUCUCCAGUCCACAAAGAGUCAGAGGUCUUCACCGUGACCUCCAUGCAGAUACCAUGUCGUUGCACUAACUCCUAUGCCUAUUUGUAGGAGCCUUUGCCUUGGCUAAAAUUUAAGCUCUUUUUGAUGAUGUGUGUCUGGGAGGGAAAAUAGUUUAAUUUGGUACACAUCGUAUGUAUAAAGCAUUUGAUCAUAAGUUGCUCAUACCACCCUGUCCUUUUAUCUUUUGGUGGUAUGAACUUUGUUUUAAACUGUCUUUUGCUCAAUAGGAGCACAUGUUGAGUUUUGAUUUGCACAGUAACUUCCCUACUACUACUAAAGUAGUUGUGUAAUGUAAUGAGCCUGUUUUUAUGCCCAGAAAUCUAUACUUGUAAACUAUGUCAGUGUUGUUGUUGUUUUUUUUUUGGUCUUAGUACGACACUGAUUUUGCAGUGAAUUGCAUUUGCCCAGCCAAAUUCCUGACCUUGAGUUUUGUAACGUUGGAUUUUGGUUUAGGAGGUUAAUACUUUGGAUAUGAGUGACUUUAUGUUCCUGUUAAGUAGCAAAAAAAGAAGAAAAAAAACAUGAUUCCAAGUUUGUGUGUGUUUAUAUAUAUAUCUCCAUGUUAAAAAUAUAAAAUGUGCAUUUUAUUUUCCUUUUUUUUUUAAUUUCUUCAACAUUUAAUUAUCUUGUUCUGCCAAAGCAUAUCUAAUGAUGAAUGUAUAAAGUACAUCUACAGACCUUG